UUCACUCAGACCACCAACUUGCGACCAAAGAAAGCAAGUCUAGACUUUAGUUUCUAAGCACCAACUACUUCUUUUGGUCUGUGUCUUUAUAACAAUUGUUUAUAUUUCUUUUAUAAUGGACUGUUCUUCGCCUCUCGACAUAUCUCUGAAUCUCAACACCAACCCUUUUGAUCGUAGUUUCCCAGCAAAACUUCCGAAGGAGGAGAUUAAGGUUUCGACUUCUGCUGGUGUUGAAAGGAAAUGGUUGGUCAAAGAUAAGAGCGCAAGCGAGUUAAGAGAGGAGUUAAACAGAGUCAACUCAGAGAAUAAGAAGAUAAAAGAGAUGCUAGCAACAGUCUAUGAGAACUACUACGCACUACAUCAUCAUUUGGAGAAGCUUCAAAGCCGAAAGAGCCCUGAGAUAGAUCAUAUCGAACAACCAAUGAAGAAAACAAAACAAGAUCCGGAGGAGUUUUUAGGGUUUCCUAAUGGACUCAGUAGUGGAAAAACCGAGAACAGCUCAAGCAACCAAAGUCAUCAUUAUCAACAACAACAUGAGCAGAAAAAUCAGCUUCUUUCCUGCAAAAGACCAGUCACUGAUAGCUUCAACAAAGCAAGGGUUUCAACAGUCUACGUCCCAGCUGAUUCUUCCGACACAAGCUUGACAGUAAAAGAUGGAUAUCAAUGGAGGAAAUACGGACAAAAGGUUACAAGAGAUAACCCUUCGCCUAGAGCUUACUUUAGAUGCUCGUUCGCGCCGUCAUGUCCAGUAAAAAAGAAGGUGCAACGUAGUGCAGAGGAUCCGUCCAUACUGGUAGCUACAUACGAAGGAACCCAUAACCACUUAGGUCCAAAUGCUUCUGCAGGGGAUGCUACAAGCCAAGCUGGAUCAAGCACUGUGACUUUGGAUAUGGUUCAUGGUGGUCAAAAAUUAGGUUUGGAGACGAAUGAGAGGAGAACAAUGCAAGAGGUUCUGGUUCAACAAAUGGCGUCUUCGUUAACGAAUGAUUCAAAUUUUACUGCUGCUCUGGCGACUGCUAUAACGGGGAGGUUGUUGAUGGAGCAGUCUAGAACUUGAAGGUUUCGGUGAAUGUUUUUUCUUUGUUUUGGUUUUCUCAUCCCUGGAAAGAAGGAUGGUGUUUUCUUCAGUUUCAAAUUGUAGCUGUUACUUGAGAAAAAAUGAAAACUUAAGUGUAUAUAAA